AUGCUGUCAAAGAGGAUCAUUACUGCGCUCGGAAACACCAUCAAGGUAAGAUUAUGCUUGAAUUUAUUGUUUUUCACCUUAAUUUGCGUGUUUUAGGACAAAAAUUCAUAUUUUUCAAAACGAAAAUUUAUGUUGCUUUUCUUCCCUUUUUUUGUGAUUCUUUGUUCCUUUUUUUCGUUAUCAUAUCAUUGAAUUUUAAAAAUUCUUCAGCAUGCAUCACGUUCCAAACUCUUUCUAAGUUGUUUUUAUUUUUGAGAUUUGUUUAAAAUUGAAAAUUUUUAAGCUCAAAUCCAGUUUUUCGAUAAAUUAGGUGUGUUUUCAAUUUUUUUCAUUUCAUUUUUCUCAUGUAAUAACUAAUAUUUUGAACUUCAACUUUGAUCAACGAGCUUUCAGGUGCAAAAUGCCGGUAUCGCCACCACCGCUCGCGGCAUGGCUGCUUCUGGAUCGGAAGUUUCAAAGAUCCUUGAAGAGCGCAUCCUCGGCACUGACACCGGAAUCAACCUCGAGGAGACCGGAAAGGUAAUUUUUUUUUCAUAAUUUUCAUAAAAAAAGAAAAGAAAUAUUUUAAUGUAUUUCGUUUUAAAUAUGACGUUGUUAAUUGAUAAUCAUCCUUCAGGUCCUUUCCAUCGGAGACGGUAUCGCCCGUGUCUAUGGAUUGAAGAACAUCCAAGCCGAAGAAAUGGUGGAAUUCGACUCUGGAAUCAAGGUGAGCGGUUUCAUAAUUUAUUUUACUUUUCUUCUUGUUUUACUUUUUCUCGUUUCACAGAUUUUGAAUGAAUUUAAUUAUGGUUUUUAAGGGAAUGGCCAUGAACUUGGACGUUGACAACGUCGGUGUUGUCGUGUUCGGUAACGACAAGGUCAUCCGUGAAGGAGACAUCGUCAAGCGUACCGGAGCUAUUGUCGACGUCCCAGUCGGAGAUGCCCUUCUUGGACGCGUCGUUGACGCUCUUGGAAACCCCAUCGACGGAAAGGGACCCAUCGCCGCCGCCAAGCGCUCUCGUGUCGAGACCAAGGCUCCCGGAAUUAUCCCCCGUUUGUCUGUCCGCGAACCUAUGCUCACUGGAGUAAAGGCCGUCGACUCGCUUGUGCCAAUUGGACGUGGACAGCGUGAAUUGAUCAUUGGUGAUCGUCAGACCGGGUUUGUAGCUUUUAUUUUUGAAAUGAUAUUUUCAAAAAAUAUUUUCAAAUUCGGUAAGAGUAGAGAUUUUUAAUCAAGAAGUCAAUUUUUCUUACUUUAGCAAUACGAGAUUUUGUUUAUUCGCCACUUUUUUUUGGAAUCGCCUCGCAUAGUUAUAUAAAAUGUUUAAAAUUGCUUUUUUAAAGAUGGUAUUAAGUAAAGUUAGGUCUCAAAUUUUUGAGAUCGAGCUUUGAUGCAAAAUAUUUUUCUUUUCUUGUUUUUUUCAUAGAUUUUACUUCAAAAAGUUAAUGAACGUGUUGGAAACUCCUUGUGAGAUUUUAAUAGGAAGACUGAAAAAUUUUAGAAAGGUCUCAAAAUAAGGAUUUUUUUUAGAAGUUAGAGAUCAUUUCAUGACCCCGUUCUUUUAACACCUCAGCAAGACACUAUAAAUAUCUCAUUAGAUUUUUCUGUUUUUUAUGUUUUACUUUUCAGAAAGACCGCUAUCGCCAUCGACUGCAUCAUCAACCAGAAGCGUUUCAACGACGCCGGAGACGACAAGAAGAAGCUUUACUGCAUCUACGUCGCCGUCGGACAGAAGAGAUCCACCGUCGCCCAGAUCGUCAAGCGUCUGACUGACGCCGGAGCCAUGGACUACACCAUCGUCGUGUCGGCUACCGCCUCUGACGCCGCUCCUCUUCAGUUCUUGGCCCCAUACUCUGGCUGCGCCAUGGGAGAAUUCUUCCGUGACAACGGAAAGCACGCUCUGAUCAUCUACGACGACUUGUCCAAGCAGGCCGUCGCCUACCGUCAGAUGUCUCUUCUUCUGCGUCGUCCUCCAGGUCGUGAGGCCUACCCCGGAGAUGUCUUCUACCUCCACUCGCGUCUUCUCGAACGUGCCGCCAAGAUGAACAACUCCCUCGGAGGAGGCUCUCUGACUGCCCUGCCUGUCAUUGAGACCCAGGCCGGUGAUGUGUCCGCCUACAUCCCAACCAACGUCAUUUCCAUCACUGACGGACAGAUUUUCCUCGAGACUGAGCUUUUCUACAAGGGAGUCCGACCUGCCAUCAACGUCGGUCUGUCUGUGUCUCGUGUAGGAUCUGCUGCCCAGACCAAGGCCAUGAAGCAAGUCGCCGGUUCCAUGAAGCUCGAGUUGGCCCAGUACCGUGAGGUUAGAAAUUUGACUUUCUAGCUGGAUUCUAAUCGUUUUUAUUCAGGUCGCUGCCUUCGCUCAGUUCGGUUCUGAUCUUGAUGCCGCCACUCAGCAGCUUUUGAACAGAGGAGUUCGUCUUACCGAGCUUCUCAAGCAAGGACAGUACGUUCCCAUGGGUAUUGAAGAACAGGUUCGUUGCCCGCGAAUUCGAUCCAAUAAAAAUGAUUUUCUCUAGGUUGGUGUCAUCUACGCCGGUGUCCGUGGUCAUCUCGACAAGCUUGACCCCUCUGCCAUCACCAAGUUCGAGAAGGAAUUCUUGGCUCAUCUCCGCUCCUCGCAACAGUCCCUUCUGAAGACCAUCCGUGAAGAAGGACAAAUCUCGCCGCAAACCGAUGCUCAGCUCAAGGAUGUCGUCACCAACUUCUUGUCCACCUUCAAGGCUUAGGCGAUUAAUAUCAUUUAGAGCAUUGUUGUUUUUAUUGUGUUUUUUUUCCGUUCGAAUUUUUCUCAUGUAGAGUUCGAGAUAAAGAAUAAUUAUAAGUUUUGGGCGCCGAUUCCUUUCGUUUUUUCUUCGAUAAUUCGAUUUUUUCAAUUCCGUUGUUAUAGAUUCGUUCAAUACAAAAUUUCCACUUUUAAAUCUGUUUUGGUGGACGCACACGAGUUUUCACGGAGAAGUAGAUUUGUUCUAGUUUUGAAAAUGAAGUUUAGUUUUUUUUUUUUUUUUUUUUGCGCUGUUUUCAUCGGCAGGGGAAGUAUGUUCAGCCAAGAGGAGAUAAUUGGAAGAGAUCGGAUAUAACUUCAAGGUUACUUGCGCCUUUCCGAUCGCCGACAUAACAUUCUGAUCGAUAGCAGUGCGAGGAGUUGCCUUUGAUAACGUUGCUGGCUUUUUCUUGUUUUCAAGACCUCUUUGAGUAGGACUUUUGGUUUUUUGAAUUUGCUCUCAAGGUUAGCAAAUUUUUGAAGAUUCGGAAAUUUUUUUAGCGAAAAGUGUUUGUAGUUUGAUCUUUCCUUGGAGGAUUCCCAUUUUUUUUGUCAUUUUGAUCGCUUCGAAUGAGUUCCGGGGAAAUUGGAAAGAAGAUUUUGGAAUUUUUUUGCUGAGAUUUUUAUAGUCAAACUUGAAUGGAUCUGGUUCUAGUGUCUUCAAGCUCCAUUUGAGAACCAAAUAAGCUUCCAAACUUCCGAUUCGACUCAAAAGGCCGGCGUGGAAGAAGCGGAACGUCUCUCGGAAAACGCACCCCCGUGGGCUGCGGCCGCCGGUUUCUCUGCGCUCUCUGCGACCUCCGCCGUCGUCGUUCCCUGUCUCGGGGGCCUCCUGUACGCUUUGUACGUACAAAAUUCCUCUCUUCACUUCUUCAUCACACCCAAAGAUCGUGUUUUCUUUUUUUUUCCUAUCCUUUUUGGUCAUAUUCCUCAGGUUUAGCUCAAGAAAUCGGCGCAAAAAACCCGUUUCUGAUUUUUCAACGGGAAGCUCGUAAAGUUGUAAAUGCUGUGAAGUUUGGAAGGCUUAAAAUAAGAUCCGAAACUUUUAAACACUUCUUUCGGAAAGUUCACUCGUUUUCAAUCCUUCAAAAGCAUUUUUUUCUCUAAAUAAUCCUUCAAAAUGAACAAAGUACUUUUAAGAAAGUAAUUUUGCAAGCUGUUCGUUUUUUUUUUUCAUGAUUAUGAUGCCUUGAUUGCUUCCCAGUGUUCUUGGCUCAAAAUUCGAAAUUCGUAGGGUUCUUAUAUCUUAAAAUUUGGUUUUAUCAAGUUUAUAUAUCAAUUAUUUUGAUCGGAAAAAGAAAAAUCCGUGGCUUUUUUUCACUAAAUUUUGCUCGAAGUUUUCUUAUUUAAGCUGAAAUAAAGGUUAUUCUUGUGAAAAGUUUCCAAUAAGUUGCUGAACAAUUUUUUUUGACGAUUUAUUGAAUUUUUUUAAAGUUUACUGCUCGCUUCACAUCUUUACAAACCUUCAUUAAAAUUACUUUUUUUACUCCUUGAAAAGUUUGUCGAAAAUUUCUAACUUUUUGUGAUGUUUUUUUGUAACGUUCUCAAUUUUUAUAUCUUUUUUGAGCAUAUCUAAAAUUUGGUGUUUUACCCCAUUUGUUUUUUCAAUUGAUUCCUUUCCAUAUUUUGAGUGGGAGGUUAUGAUUAAUACCUUUUCGAGCAUUCUCUCUGAAUGACUCAUCUCCUUGGAAAGGAAAGGAGUAUACGAUGAAUGAUGGGAAAAGCAUUUAUUUUGGGAUAGUUCGUUGUUUCUGAAAUCGCUUGUAAUCUGGUUUUGGCAUUUUAUUUUUUCCUAUCUUCUUUAUUUUCUCGGUAUAAAAUCUUAAUAAUUAUUGCUCAAACUGUCAUAUUCGCUGUAUUUUUCAAUGGGUAGUAGGAACGAAACAUGUUUCAAAAGGCUAAAAUGUGUUCAUCGUCCUCAGAUUUGCUCCGAAAAAUUUUUGUUUUGUUCGAUGAAAAAUUCAUAAAAAAUGAUUUUUUGCUCUGAAACCUUGGGAAAAACUGUAUUCAAAACCCUCAAAACAGAACUUUUCGAACAGGAUUUACAAAUUAAUGCGUUCCGAAUACCUUUUUAUCGUUUUUUACCUUGCCAAAGAUAUUUUCUUUCAAUUUUUACGAUUUUUUCUAUUUAGGUGGUUUUCCGAUCUUGAAAAAAAGUGGAAAAUGAGCCACAAAGAGCAGCAAGAAGAGGAGUUGGAAGCGCUCCAAGCCAUUUAUUUAGAAGAAGAAAUCAGCAUUGAAAAUAACGAGUAUCCGAAUAUUCAACUCAACAUCAGCAUCAAAUCGAAUCACGUGAGGUUUUUUUCGUCAUUUCGUAACUGAUUUUUGAAGCUUUUUCGGUUUUUGCGUUAUAAUUCCAAAAUUUUUGAUUUUUCUGGAUGAAAAAUUGUAGGAAAUAUUCAGGAUUUCCAUUCCUCCCAUCUUUUUUUUUUACAGAAGUAAAUAUUAGGCAAUAUUUGUAGGCCGACGAAAAUGACGAGGACGAUCACGACUUGGUUGUGACUCUUGAUUUCAAGUUGUCCGGAAAAUAUCCCGAUGAGGUUGGCUUUUUCAAUUUUAGAUGGGUAAAUUGUUGUUUUUUAGGUACCUGAGUUCACUAUGGAAGGACUCGAGGACGAAUUUUCCGAAGAAAGAAUUGAAAAAGUUUUGGAGGUGAGUUUUAUCAUAGGCGAUGUCGGGAAGGGUGGAAAAGACUAUAGAAAUUUUCCUUUUUGCUGCCUUUUUGCGCCAUUUUCUCACCCCUUAUGCACCAAUUUUGCUGCCUCUCCCUUUUUCACCAUUUCUUGACCCUUAAAAAUCCCAGAAAAAUGUUAGGCUCGAAAAAAGGACUCUUUUUGGGGCCUUUUUGCGGCCUUUCAGUGGCCAUUAUUCACCAUUCCGACUUUGCCCGAGAUUAAUGGUGGAGAAGAAACAUUCGAAACGCAAAAAGUAGUAGUAAUUUUUUUGCGUUGGAGCAGUUUUGUUGCGUUUUUUUAGCCAUCACCGAAAAAUAUUCACUUUUCAUUCAGAAACUCAACGAAGAAGCUGAAAAGAACGUCGGAAUGCCGAUGAUUUUUUCGAUUGUCAGCGCUCUUCAGGUUCAUUUCUUUUCUAUUUUUAUUCAUUCGUUUGAAAUUUGUGUUUUUUUGUUUCAUUGAUGGAUUUUUUUACAAAUUUUUUUCAUGAGAAAGUGUGUUUUUCAAAGCUUUUUUUGAAGCAUUAUAAAUAAGCAUUUUUUUGAAAAUGAAUCCGAAAAAAAUCGCAAGAAGCUCCCUUCCUAAUUUUUUUGUUAAUAAGGAUAAUGUUUUCAUUGACUUCAAGCCGUUAAAUUUGAUAUUUUCCCCAAAAAAAAUGGGCUUCUGUAAUGAGCUAUGAACAAAAAAACAACAUAAAAAAAGAGGUCAAAAAGGUUUUUCGGAAGCUUUUUUUGAUUUUUAGAGUUUUUUUCAAAGUUUUUUUCAUUAAUUUUGAUAUGCUUAAAGUAAUUUCCGCGGAAUUCAAAAUUAUCUCUUACCCUCCAAAAUUUAGUUAUCUUUUUCACUCUCUGACGAUAGUUUCAAAUUUCUCGGGAUCACUUCGAAAACGGCAUUUUAUUAAUGAAAACUGCUUCAUGGACGGAAAAAUGAAGCCACAGUAAAUGAAAAUAGUUGAAUUUUCAUACUAUUUUCACUUUUUCUCCUCAAAAAUAUCACAUUUUCUCCAUCUUCUAAUUUUUUCCUUUUUCCAGGAUGAAGUUGGCAACUUGAUAAAAGAAAGGAAAGACGCCUCGGAAAUGGUCAUCGAGCAGGAAAAGCAGAAAGUUGACGCGAUCAACCAGAAAAAGUUUGAAGGUUUCGUCCUUGGAAGAAUAUUCCUUGAUCAUCUUCCUUUUUAGGAAAUAUUGUGACGCCGGAAUCCUUCAAGGCUUGGAAAGUAAAGUUUGAUAAUGAACGGAAGGCGUUGACGGAAAAGGCUGAACAGGUUUGCAUCUCUUUUUUUUUUCGAAAUGCUCCGAAAAAUUUUUUGAAGAUUUUAUGUGGAAUUUUUCAAUUAAGCCUCAUUUAUCCAACGUCAAAGAUGCUAGAAAAUUUGAUAAAAUAGUUUUCGAUUUUUUUUUUCCAAAUUAUUUUUUAUCCUCAUUUUUUUUUGCUGUGGUGAAUGUAGCUGAAGCAUUUAAAAAAUAGCUUUAAUUUAAUUUUUUGUGAUGUUUUAGGAUAUUCAAAUGAAGUUGAGAACGAGGAAAAUAAUAAAAAUUAGUCGCAGAAAAAAAUUUUUUUGAAAUCAGGUUUUUUUGAGAAAAAAAUUUGCUUUGACAGGUUUGAAAAAAAGGCGCGAAUUAUUUUUUUGAAACUUUUUUUGAUUCUUUAACUGGAUAAAGUUUUUUUAUCGCUUAGAAAUGACCAUAAAAGAUGAAAAAAAUGUGAAGAAAAACCCUUAAAAAAAUAUUUUUUUAUACUUUUUUUAAUAAGCUUUAUAACCUAUUUGAGCUGAAAGGCUUAUUCUGAGCAAAAUUUCAAGAAAAAGACAGUUUUCCAGUAGCAAACCAGUCGUCUCAGAAAAAAAUUUUUUUGAAAAGUAUUUCAACUGUUUUCAAACUUUUAGGCCUUAUUCGAAAUGGUUCUGAUUAAGAAAAAUGAUGGAAGAGCAUAGAAAAAAGAAAUUUCCAGGAUCGGUUGGCGGCUUUGGCCGGCCGGUUAACGGGUAAAGAGCUGUUCUUGAGGGACGCGACCCUGAAUUUGUCCGACGUCGCCCUGCUCGACAACGCCGCCGAAGUCGAGAUCGACGAGUCCCUCUUCAACGAUGUUCGUCUUUUUUUUUGAAACUGGAAUCUGAUUUUGAUCCAGAAAUGAUUUUCUAGUCACAGACAAAGUUCAAACGACCUCAAAAAGGUCUCAAAAAAGACCCUAAAGCUCCUAUUUUCGGCCUUCUUUUUUUGAGUCUCCUUAAGAGAGGUUUUUUUCAGAAAAAGGUCGAAAAAAGAUGCCUUUUUCCGGUUUUUUUUAGACCUUUUGGACUUUGCCCGUGUUUGAGAGAAGGCUCCCAGUCUUGAAAUGAUAUUUUUCAGCUUUUAAUUAUUUUCUCUUAUUUUGACCCCGCGCCCUUUUCUGAACGCUGAGAAACGAUUCAAAAUGCUGAUUUCAGAGCCUUCAUUUGGUGAAUCGAAUGGUUUUUUGAGACGAUUUCUAGGAAAAUCCGGAUUCAAAUGACCUGAAAAGCAUGAAAAUUUAAUAGCUGUUUCGUUUGAUUUCAUUGUGAUUCGAAUUUUUCGCAGGACAUGGAAGGCCUCGACCUGGAUUCAGAUUCCGACGACGAAGAUUACGAGGAAGAAGAGACCGACGACGAAUGA